AUGGCGUCGGAUCGUGAAACGGUUACUCCACUUCAAAACAAACACAUUCUAGUCCCGGCAUUUUUAGCUGCAAAGGGGCUGGUGAAAUUGCAUAUCGAUUCAUAUAACCAUUUCAUCGAGACGGAAAUCAAGAAUAUCGUUAGGGCUAAUAAUCGUGUAAGCGUUCCAGAAGCUAAUUGGUGGCUCGAGUACAAUGAUGUGUAUGUUCGACCACCCACAGUGAAUGACGGAGGUGUUGUCGCUAGCCGUGUCACUCCUCAUGAUUGUCGUUUGCGUGACCUUACCUACGCUGGUGAGAUUCUGGUGGAUGUGACGUUUAUGCGCCAAAAUGAAAUCGUGACAAAGAAGGGCGUCCUAAUCGGGCGAAUGCCUGUUAUGUUGAAAAGCUCAGUAUGCAUUUUAAACGGCAAAGGUCCUUCAGAACUGAUGCGAUUAAAAGAGUGUCCGCUUGAUCCAGGUGGAUAUUUCAUUAUUGGCGGCACCGAGAAGGUGAUUUUGAUGCAGGAACAGACAUCGAAAAAUCGUAUCAUCAUCGAGGAAGACAGCAAACGGGGUUUGGUGUGUUCUGUGACCUCGACUUCCGCACAAACAAAAUCGAAGACAAAUAUCAUCAUGAAGGAUGACAAGUUUUUCCUGGCACAUAAUUCGUUCACCGUCGACGUGCCUGCUGCCAUACUGUUUAAAGCCAUGGGUAUCACAUCCGAUCAAGAAAUUCUGCACAUGAUUGGAACAGAAGAAUCCAUUUGGGCCAAUUUCGUACCAAGUUUGAAACAAUGCCUUGAGUUUAAUGUUCACACGAAAUCAGAUGCUUGUCGAUGGAUGCAAUCCAAGCUGCAACAACGCCGAUUUCGCACCGGUGUUGGGAGUGGUCUGGGCAAACCGUUGAAGGCGGAUGGUGAGUACGACGUUGUUUUGGACAUGCAACGAUUCGUACGAGACAUUAUUAUCACUCAUGUGGAAAUGGAAAAAUUCAAUUUCGCCCCACGGGCACUAUUUCUCGGACAGAUGAUUCGGUAUCUGAUUUUAGCCAACGAGCAUCACAUUCCGCCAGACGAUCGUGAUUUCUAUGGAAACAAACGCAUUGAAUUGGCCGGAAGUCUAAUCGCCCUGUUGUUUGAAGAUGUAUUCAAAACAUUCAAUGAAGACAUUUGGCUCACUGUCUCAAAGCUGGACACUAAGCGCCGAUGCACGCCGUUCGAUAUUUCACGGCACAUCAAAACGUGGAUGAUCACAGAACAGUUGAAUCGGGCAAUUUCAUCAGGCAACUGGAUUAUCAAACGGUUUCGUAUGAUGCGCCAUGGAGUUACACAAAUUGUCAGUCGUUUGUCAUAUGUUGCUGCCCUAGGCCACAUGACUCGAAUGACCAGCCAAUUUGAGAAAACCCGUAAGGUUUCUGGUCCACGAUCAAUCCACGCCAGUCAAUGGGGUUUGAUUUGUCCGUCGGAUACACCUGAAGGGGAGGCCUGCGGAUUGGUGAAAAACGUGGCGCUUAUGUGCCACGUGACAGUGGAGAUGGAUGACACCGCGUUGAUUCGUCUGAUCAGCAACUACUACGUGCUCCCAUUGCAACAACUACAGUACGGUCGGACAGAGUUCAUCAUUUACGUGAAUGGCAAACCAAUCGGAUUCACCGAGCAACCCGGAAAAUUAGCCGCCCUGAUUCGUGGCCUACGACGCACCGGCCGCAUUGACUGUUUUGUGUCCGUCCACAUUAAACAGGUGCACCGAUGCGUUCACGUGGUGAGCGAUGGUGGUCGUCUGUGCCGUCCGUAUAUAAUCGUAUCCAAUAAUCGACCACUGGUUACUCAGGCUAUGCUUGAAGACCUUGCUCAUCAUGUGCUCAGCUGGGAUGACUUCCUGAAGAAAGGAGUGAUUGAGUAUCUGGAUGCGAACGAACUGAAUGACUGUUUGGUCGCCAUGGACGAGAGCUGUUUAAACGACGGUAAUCAAUAUACACAUAUGGAAAUUGAUCCGGCCACCAUUUUGGGUGUUGUGGCUGGACUCAUCCCGUAUCCCGAUCACAACCAGUCUCCCCGUAAUACGUAUCAGUGCGCUAUGGGUAAACAGGCCAUCGGCACCGUCGCUUUGAAUCAGCAAAUCCGCUUUGACACUUUGCAGCAUCAAAUGGUCUAUCCACAAAAGCCCUUAGUGCAGUCGAAGACGAUUCAGAUGAUGCAUUUCGAUGAACUACCUGCCGGUCAAAAUGCCAUUGUAGCUAUCAUGUCCUACUCCGGGUACGAUGUGGAAGAUGCUCUGGUCAUCAAUCGCGCCUCACUCGACAGAGGCUUCGCACGUGCUUGUAUCUAUCGACGGACAGGUUUACAUCUGAAAAUGCACGAGAAUGCUGUCUAUGAUCGACUUAUGGGACCUAGUAUUGAUCGCGAAACUGGGUUACCCCGCCGUGGUGAGGAACUCUUACAAGCCGAUGGAACUGCUUAUAUCGGUGCUCGAGUAAGCGAUCGUCAAAUCCUGAUGGAAUUCAAGCGGUGUCCUGCUGACUAUAAAGGGAUAGAACCAUCAUAUGUGGAGAAAGUUAUGUUUUCGACAUCUGAAGGAAAUCAGGCUGUAGUCAAGGUGCUCCUUCGUCAGACUCGUCGUCCGGAGGUGGGAGAUAAAUUCUCCAGUCGCCAUGGUCAAAAAGGCGUCGUCGGACUAAUUGUACGUCAAGAAGAUAUGCCAUUUUCUUCUCAAGGCUUGGUUCCGGAUGUCAUUAUGAAUCCGCACGGCUUUCCUAGUCGAAUGACGGUCGGCAAGCUACUCGAGUUAUUGGGGAGCAAGGCUGGCGCAAUCGAGGGUCGUAUCCGCGAUGGGUCGGCAUUUUCCGGUGAUCCAGCGCAAGUAUUGUCUCAGGUACUCAUUGAUCAUGGCCAUCACUAUUUGGGGAAAGAAGUACUACACUCCGGUGUCACCGGUGCUCCGCUAGAGGCGUAUAUCUACUUUGGUCCGGUCUAUUAUCAACGCCUAAAACACAUGGUCAUGGACAAGGUUCAUGCCCGUUCUCGAGGACCCGUUACCGCUCUGACCAGACAGCCCACCGAGGGACGUAGUCGUGAAGGCGGUUUGCGUGUCGGAGAAAUGGAACGGGAUUGUUUCAUUGCGUACGGUACAUCGCAGCUGCUUGUCGAAAGACUUCUCACUUCCAGCGAUGCCUACGAUGCUUGUGUUUGUGAAAACUGCGGUUUGCUGGCCACUUCCCGUAAUUGGUGCCAGUAUUGUCGCAGUAGUCGUCAGGUGGUCACCGUCCGAAUGCCUUAUGCAUGUAAACUGCUAUUUCAGGAGCUAAUGUGUAUGCGAAUCUUGCCCCGACUCACACUGGGCAACACUUAUCGUGAUCGUGUGAAGUAA